UGGACGCUGUGGGUUUUGUGCAGGUUUCAGGCGACCGCUCCGCAGGAUGUGACGUCGCCGCCGUCUCGCGUCCGCCGCUCGUGCGUCGCGGCGCCGGGGACUUCGUUGAACCGGGUGCUCGGACGCUCCAGUAACAGCCCGUUCUCAGACAUCCAGCUGAAGAUGGCCCGGCUGCAGGCCUGUCUGCAGCCUGACUAGAGCCGCUAUCGAGUGUCUAGCGCCUAGCUAACUGUUAGCCGCGGCGGCUCGCGCUGCAUGGUGCUGACGCACAUCGCUGUGGGACGGAGCUUCGCGCGCGGCGACGGGAUCCGCAAAGCACCGCUGACAUGGAUAAGGCGGAGGCAGACCGGCUGAUCGAGAAGGCGAAGCUGUGCCUGCGGUCCGGGCGGAAAGAUCGGGCGCUGCAGCUGCUGCACGAAGCCCAGAACAUUUACCCCAGCACCCGCGCCAGAGUGCUGAUAGAUGCCAUAACCAGGAACGGAGCCUCUGCCCCUCCACAGACAAACCACGUCCCGCCGCCGUCCGGCUGGAGAGACGAGGACAUCCGAACCGGUGAACCGAGCAGCACCAGCGCUGAUGACAAGAAGAGCUACUCUGAGGAUCAGCGCCAGGGGGUUCUCAGGAUAAAGAAUUGCAAAGACUUCUAUGAAAUCCUCGGUGUUUCCAAAGAGGCCAGUGAUGAAGACUUAAAGAAGGCGUAUAGGAAGUUGGCCCUCAAGUUUCACCCUGAUAAGAACUUUGCUCCAGGAGCCACAGAUGCUUUCAAAGCAAUAGGCAAUGCAUAUGCGGUGCUGAGCAAUCCAGAGAAGAGGCAGCAGUAUGAUCAAUAUGGAGACCAGUCUGCAGCAUCAACGGCCCCCCAACAGCAGAGCUACAGUCGCCAUGGCCACCACCGGAGCUUCCACAGAGACUUUGAGGCAGACAUUUCCCCCGAGGAGCUCUUCAACAUAUUCUUCGGAGGAAGGUUUCCCACGGGAAACAUCCACGUGUACACCAACCAAGGAGCCUCCUACUCCCAGUUCUACCAGCCUCGUCGUCGACGGGCUUAUGAGAGGCGCGAGGAGGUGGUGGUGGAGGAAAACCAGAGUCAGAACACCUUCACAGCGCUGCUGCAGCUUCUCCCAGUGCUGGUGCUAAUCCUCAUAUCAGUGUUUACUCAGAUGAUGGCCACUAACCCGCCCUACAGUCUCUUUUAUAAGCCGGCCAUGGGGCUGGUGGUGUCCAGGGAGACGCAGCACAUGGGCGUACCGUACUACGUGGAUAAGGGAUUUCAGAAGGAGUACCGUGGAGCAGCGCUGGUGGAACUGGAGAAAACGAUCGAGAGCGACUACAUCGAACACCUCCAAAGCAGCUGCUGGAAAGAGAAACAGCAGAAAUCGGACCUGACAAACCUCGGGCAGCUGUACCGAGACGAACGCCUGAAGCAGAAGGCAGAGUCAAUGAGGCUGGACCACUGUGAGAAACUGCAUCGGCUGGUCGGGCGUCAGCGAGGCAAAUGAAGGCCCCCCGGGAGGAGGACGCGUUUCUGUUCAGACUUUACAAUAAUGCAUUAUGUUGAAGUGUGUGUUUUGAUCUGAUCUGGCCACUUUGUCAAGAAGCGUUUUUAGGUACAGCGCAGUGAGUAGGAGAUGAUGCCGCUGGGAGCAAUGUGCCUUCUCUCCUCUUAGAUGGUAGAACGAGUUGCAUGGAACUCGCCGUGGCAGCAGGUCUGAUGUCGCAGAGCCUUGAAACUUUCUUAUAGAAAUGAAAGGACGUGCUGGAUCCCUCACCGGGGCUAUGAAGGAGGUUGUAUGUCCAACAUACAUGUUUAGCAGUUGAACUAUUUAUUAUUUUUUGUCAUUGCAUAAAUCUUAUAUUUAUUUCUUAGUUAAAAUGACUUUUUGAAGUCAUUCAGUGCAGUGACUUAAGAAAUCUGAUCUUUGCUUUGAAAGAGCAAAAGACCUUUAUUUUGCUAUUUAUUUUGAUGUGGACAAAUCAGACGUAUUGAAUAUGGAAACUGUUGCUAAUCAGGCAGCUGGGCCUCUGGUACUAGGAUGUGUGAGGCACAGUAGAGGGAACUGUUAGAAAAUGUUUUUUUCUGAAUAACAUGCUUCUUUUGAAAGGUCAUAUUUGCCAUAACCCCAUGUCCUGGAGCAGGGCCUUCUACUCCCUGCCCUGCUGCGUGUAUAAACGCUUGUUACAUCACCAAGCUUCUGCCACCAGGACCUUUUACUAUACGUGAGACCGUUAGAUGUUGCAUGAGGAGGGCUGUGAUUCGGAGUACUUUUAAAGUUGUCACAAGCAGGGAACCAGGUUUGUCGUGAAGUCCUUUCACUGUCCUGCACAGUUUUCCCAGGUUCUGCCAAAUAGGUUCUAGGAGGUUCUAUGCUGAGCAGCAUCUCAGGUUAUAAAGGUUCCUUUUAUAACCCGCUCUCAAGCUUUUCCCUCAGAAUCUUUAAUUCUUUGUACCAACUCUAGCUCAUUGAAAUCAUACUUGGAUAUUUUGUUGCUGCCAAACUGCCUUAGCUGUUUUCACAUUUGUGAAAUGUUCAGGUUCACAGGCACUUUUACGUUGAUAUUUACCCAUGUCUCAUUUUGUCGUUCUUGCAUGCAUCCCGCUGAGUGCAUUAGCUGCAUAUUUUAUUUUGGCAGACACAUCUCCAUCUACACACUACAUCUCCUGCUGACACGCUAAAUGUUACUUAGAACAGGUCCAAGCGGAAACUCGCGAGUGUGUAAAACCUUUACUGUGAGACGAAUCAGGUUUUGGUAUUAGAAGGUGUGCGAAUGCACUUCAGCCAAAAAUACCAGAGAAUUAAAGGUUUGACCAGAAUCUGA